AUGUAUAAGCGUGUACCUCUCAACGAGGCUGACAUUGUCGAUGAUGGACGCCGUACAGACUCUGAACUUCAUGCCUCUACCGACGUGAGCUCGCACGACCCCAUACCGGACGCAUCGACUGAGUCAAGCUAUUUUGCCAACAACGCAUGCAAGGCUGAAGCCAGCGAAGUCAUACACCAGCGAGAAGAUGCAUCCUCGACUUCAGGACAGAUAAGAGCUGAACCAGUAGCUCUAUCUCGACCGCAGCCAGACCGCCAUGCGUCGGUCGCGCUGCUCCGACGACUGCUUUACGAUACCUGGCUUGCUGAGAUAGCACUGAUGCUGCUCAGCAUAGCGUGCCUCGUCACAGUCUCCGUUAUACUAGCCUGCUAUCAAGGAAGACCGGUGGACGAGUUCAAGCCGACACUCAGCCUGAAUACAGUCGCCGCUAUACUCAUUGCAGCUACACGAAUAUCGCUUGCAUUCGUCACGACGUCUUGCUUGGGUCAGAUGAAGUGGUGUCGAAUGACCCGCAACGCCAGGGCGCUGAAGGACUUACAGGACAUGGAUGAGGCCAGUCGCGGUCCUCUGGGGUCGCUGCUCCUACUGUUCGGCUCGAAGAUAGUGUCUAUCAGCGGUAUCGGUGCCGCGGUCCUCAUACUCUUGCUCACUACGGACGCUUUCCUACAGCAGAGUAUAGCAACGAAAUUCGAGCUACGUGCCGUCGACUUUCAAGAAGCUACUAUGCCGACUACCGAUUAUUAUCCUCAGGUGGCGUUGUGGAAGCGUGAUGCUAACUUUUACGGCUUGGUGCAAUCCGUCAUAUGGUCUGGAGCCUUCCAGUACGAUCCAGCUGUGUGCUCUAGUGGUGAUUGCACUUGGCCAGAGUACGAGUAUACAGGUUGGUGCCACGAUUGCGAAUUCGACAAACAGCUAUCGGACUGGCAAGGCUGUGAAGUCACGAUUGACAACUUUACCAAGGGCGGAGAUUGGUCGAAGACGUAUGUGCUACCUUGCAACCUGACACAUCCGAGUGGAUUCGGCCGAUUCGUAUGGCCCGCUGAUGUCACUAUCACGGGCCAGGCAUUUGGGAUAUAUGACACCACGACAACGCAUAGCUUAGACCCACCGUCUAACUUCGUCUUCAAUCGCAAUUAUGAUAACUACUACCAACUCUGGAAGGGUGACCCCUGGAACGGCGAUUCCUGGGAAGGCGGAUAUGGACUAUGGUCGCAUAGCAUCCAGGACGGGUCCUACUAUUCAGUGUACGAAGAUGGUGUUGUUGGAUCUAUUACGAACCCUCUCUACCCCAGGACUGCAGUCUUCCUGGACUGGUCAUAUGACGAAAGUGCUAAGAUCCUGCGGAGUCAAGUGAACAGGACCAUAGACUGUGCGCUAUCUCGGUGUCGCAAGAGGUUCGAGGCAACGGUCACGAACGGCACGCUUUCAGCCCGGCCAAAAGGCACCACAAUGCUGACCGAGUACUCCCCAAACGCCAUGGGCAACUAUACGAUAAAACCCUCUUAUCUCACCAUCAAAGAUAAUUACACUAACAUUCCCUAUCGGCCCUUCUUUUGUUAUAAAGAUAUGGCGCUACCCCAACCGCGAUGGUCUGAGAACAUGGAGCACGACAUCUUUUUCAACAAUGUCUCUCUCCAGGCUUGGCGAUGGUCAGACCCAAGCACCUGGACCACCUGCAUGUACUCUAGAAGCGACACCAAGUACAGAUUCAUGAUAAACCGUACUCUGGACGAAGAUUCCAACACAGAGUCCCUCCAGCUAGGAGAGAAAUUCCUCAUGAACCAAGACUCCAACAUGCUCUUCGCAAAGAUCAACCACGGCAACGAUCUACCCAAGGCGUUCGCGAAUCUCACCACGAUGCUGGACUACGCUGGUCUAAGGGCAAGCAACCAGACAACGCUCGGCGCAAUGUACGUCAACACGCCCAUCAUCGCUGUCCGCUGGGAGUGGCUCAUCCUCCCGGUGCUGCUGGAGGUGAUGGGGCUCGUCUUCUUCGUGCUGGUAGUGCUACAGACCCGGCGUAUGAGGGUGCGCAUCUGGAAGACCUCCAUCUUGCCGUUCAUCUAUCAUGGCGUGCCACGGGAGGAAUUGUCCGAGGGGAGCUCUGACAGGUCGAGUGACAUGUUGCGUGAUGCGGAAUGCGUCAAGGCGCGCAUGGAUGCUUGUGAUGGGACAGGUCUGUAUGGGCGGCGACUGAGGGUCGUGCAGGAGGCCGGAGUCCCUGGGAGUUCAAGAUGA